GCAGGUGCCCUGCUGCCCCAGCCCAGCCCAGCCCAGCCCAGUCCGCGCUUGCCGCCGCCGCCGCCUCGCCCAGGCAGGCAAACAGGAGAGGCUUCACAAACUGUUCCAAGUGAAGAUGAGUGUUUCUGCCGAGAUAAUGUAACUGGAAGAUCUAGGCCUGAGCACAUUCGACCAUGGGAGCCAAUACUUCAAGCAAAGCACCAGUGUUUGAUGAAAAUGAAGACGUCAACUUUGACCACUUUGAAAUUUUGCGAGCCAUCGGAAAAGGCAGUUUUGGAAAGGUCUGCAUCGUCCAGAAGAAUGACACCAAGAAAAUGUAUGCCAUGAAGUACAUGAACAAACAGAAGUGUGUGGAACGCAACGAAGUGAGAAAUGUCUUCAAGGAGCUGCAGAUCAUGCAGGGCCUGGAGCAUCCCUUCCUGGUUAACCUGUGGUACUCCUUCCAAGAUGAGGAAGACAUGUUCAUGGUGGUAGACCUCCUGCUGGGUGGGGACCUGCGCUACCACCUGCAACAGAACGUACGCUUUCAGGAAGACACUGUGAAGCUCUUCAUCUGCGAGCUGGCCAUGGCCCUGGACUACUUGCAGAGUCAGCGCAUCAUUCACAGGGACAUGAAGCCUGACAAUAUUUUACUUGAUGAACAUGGACAUGUGCACAUCACCGAUUUCAACAUCGCUGCAAUGCUGCCCAAGGAGAUGCGGAUCACCACGAUGGCUGGCACCAAGCCUUACAUGGCACCUGAAAUGUUCAACUCCAAGAAAGAAGCAGGUUAUUCCUUUGCUGUUGAUUGGUGGUCCCUAGGAGUGACAGCAUAUGAGCUGUUAAGAGGCCGGAGACCAUAUCAUAUUCGCUCCAAUACUUCCAGCAAGGAAAUUGUGAACAUGUUUGAGACGGCCAUUGUGACUUACCCUUCGGCCUGGUCACAGGAAAUGGUGUCACUUCUUAAAAAGCUCCUGGAGCCUAACCCCGACCAGCGGUUCUCUCACUUGUCUGACAUUCAGAACUUCCCGUACAUGAACGAUGUGAACUGGGAUGCGGUUCUGCAGAAGAGGCUCAUUCCGGGCUUCAUUCCUAAUAAAGGCCGACUGAACUGUGACCCUACCUUUGAACUUGAAGAAAUGAUUCUGGAGUCCAAACCUCUUCACAAGAAAAAGAAGCGUCUGGCGAAGAAGGAGAAGGAGAUGAGGAAAUGUGAUUCUUCUCAGACAUGUCUUCUUCAAGAGCAUCUUGAAUCUGUCCAGAAGGAGUUCAUUAUUUUCAACAGAGAAAAAGUAAAAAAGGACUUUAAUAAAAGGCAAGCCAACCUAGCCUUGGAACAAACCAAAGACCCCCAAGAAGAAGAUGGCCAGAACAACAACCUGUAGAGCUCCCAGCGUCAUCUUCUCAGGACACUUCUCGGCACCUGGGUCAGGAACUUCGAUUGUAGGCAUCCGACAAAGCUGACAGUAGUUCUCGCCACUCCACACCUCUGACUCAGAACAUAUGGAUGCGGAUUUUUGGAGGAGGAGGCACAAUGCAGGGAAGCAUCCUGGGCCUGACUCCUGGGAUCUCGUUUGUGCACUAACUGUGUGACCUGUAGCGAGCACUUCACCACCCAGAGUUACAAGCAGAUGAGCUGUGUCCUUCCUUUCUAGUGCUGCAACCAUUAGCCAAAACACCCUUAUUCUUGUUUUGAAAAAGGAAUGUUUGGAUGUAAACACCUUUUCCUUCUCAUGGCACUAUGACCUAUGGACAUAUGGACACUGGAUUCCAUGUGACUCUUCAGUACUAGAACACUUCAUAAAGAGGUCAGAAUUCUCAAGCCUGACUGGGAGUAAAGGAUUUCACCAGAAGGAGAUGGGUGGGAUCAGACGGCAGGUAGCAGAGGUCCCUAGCACCUCCCUACACUGUGCUGCGGUCAACAUCACGUUGGCUACAUGACCAGCAAGAGCCCGCUGUGCCCAUGACCUUCCUUCUGCUCCUUAGUGACGUGAACGUACUCCCUUGAAAUUAGUCAUGAGAGGAUUCACCAUGGAAAUUAGCAAAUGUUACAAACCAGGGCAUUCCCUUCCCCUGCCAACAAGCCUGUUUAUUGCUUUCUUUGCAAUAAGCAUGUUGCUUGCGGCCUAGUUGUCCUCUGAUGAUUAGCAGGGACCUGUCUCUGGGGAGAAUCAGAAGAGGAUAUUGUCACAGGGAAUGCAUGGUUCCUUCAUAAUUUAAUGAAGCUGCAUCAUUAGGAGGGGUAUGUUUUAAACUAAA